GGCGGAAACUGGGCGCGGAAUCACGUGCUCAAGGAGGAAAGCAGAAGUGCAGGCCGAUCUGCUGUCUGUGUGUGAUUUCAGGGUUCGGUACCGGCCAUGGCUUCGAUCCUGGAGGAGUACGAGGACUCCCUGUCCCGACCGAACUUUCCUAGCCAGGUCCGGACCCCAGAAAUCCGCCAUUCCGGUAAUACUGAGCUGCAAAGGGUUUAACAGGGGUAAAGCAAUACCCAUCAAACUGGCUAGUUAUAAUUAGUGAAAGUUAGGGUGACUGAUAACACCUCCCUCCACUGUGUAGUAUACCUGAAACCCCCACAAUGCGUGGCCAGCCUCAAGGCUGCCAGAAUAUGAUGGGAGUUGUGCUGCAUCUGGUUGUGCAGUGUGGCUGUCACAGCAGAAGAUCGGUGAUUGCUAGUAAUAGUUGCUGUUAAUUUUGCCCAGCCAGCCAUUUGUCUGGGAUGGGGAGCUAAAGUAUAUUAUCCAACAGGGCAUUGUACUAAAAACCAUAGCAUGGAGAAAAAAAGGGGGUUGGAGUAACCCAUUUAGCAGGCUGCAUAUGUGGGACAUGACAGGCACAUCAAGAAUGGUCAAAAAUUAUAUUGCAUUGAUUUUCACAUAAUAGGAAUGAAAUAGGCUAGUUUUGGAGUUACUUGACAGGGGAAUUAGAUUUCUAGCCUACUGAGGUAUUGUGCAAGUGAAAACCUGGUCUGCUCACCCCUCUGUCUUACAAACAAUUAUGGAUCAUUGUGGUGGGUGGGCGAUAGAAUUGAGUGCAUUUAGAAGUUAUUCUUACCCCCUUCAUUUUUCUAUAAACCUUGCAGCCUUGUUGCUAUAGUUGUUUACAUAACCCAUAAUGACAAAGCAAAACAUUUUGGACACCAAGCAUAUUUGCAAGUUUAUUAAGCAGACAAAUUACAUUCAGAUAAGUAAUUUAACCCUUAAAUGGUUAUGCCAUUUACAUGAUUUAAAGUGGUCAUGAUGCCUGGAGUCUGUAUAUGCUGCCUUUUACUUUGAAAUGAUGCACAUAGAGUUUAAAGGACCACUAUGGGCACCCAGACCAUUUCAGCUUAAUGAAGUGGUCUGGGUGCCUGGUCCAGCUAGGGCUAACUUUUUUUUUUUUUAAAGACAUAGCAGUUUCAGAGAAACUGCUAUGUUUACACUGAGGGUUAAUCCAGCCUCUAAAGCCUCUAGUGGCUGUCUCAUUGACAGCUGCUAGAGGCGCUUGCGUGCUUCUCACUGUGAAAAUCCCAGUGAGAAGACGCCAGCGUCCAUAGGAAAGCAUUGUAAAUGCUUUCCUAUGAACUGGCUGAAUGCACGUGCGGCUCCUGCCGCGCAUGCGAAUUCAGCCGAUGACGUCGCUAGGAAGAAGGAGAGGAGGAGGAAAGCUUCCCGCCUGGCGCUAGAGAUAGGUAAGAUUUUAACCCCUUCCUCUCCCCAGACCCCGGCGGGAGGGGGACCCUGAGGGUGGGGGCACCCUCAGGGCACUAUAGUGCCAGGAAAACGAGUAUGUUUUCCUGGCACUAUAGUGGUCCUUUAAACCCUCUACUGCUAGAGGUGUAACUUCAUCUCGGUAGUGUCAUUGAGGUAUUAUCAGCCAGUCCAGAAGUAGGAUUCCAUGCAGGCCAAUAUCAAUUCUUAACUAUCAUUGUCGGACUCGGUCAUUGGCUGAGUUGUCAGUUGACACUCUCGGCCUAUAAAUGGCAGCAGCUUCUGUGGCUCUGCAAAAGACAAAAGUGUGUCCCCAGACCACCAGGAAGCAUCCAAAAGGUGGACCAGCCAGGGUAUUCCUGGCAUCAUAACCUGGAACUUAGUACUUAGCUGAAGUUUGGCAGAGAUUACAAACAUAAGUCAUUUUAUGUAAGUUUGGCACAUGAUGAAUUUACCACAGGAUGACUACAAUCAAAGGUUAAUCAGAGAAAUGGGAUGCAUCAGAAUAUCAAGUAUGACUGCAAAGGGUCUGAAUACUUAUGUCAAUGUGCCAUAAAUCAGUGUUUUGGUUUUUUUCCAAAAUAUUUUUUUUUUGCUUUAUCAUUGUAGGGUAUUGAGUGUAGACUGCAUCAUGGGAAAAAAAACAAAACAAAAUGGGGUCUGAAUACUAUCUGAAUGCAAGGUUUAUAUUUAUACAUGUGAUAAACAGUACUUUACUGUAUCUAUCUUUAAUCUAUGGUUUGCAUUUUAGGCUAUAUCAAUGCUCGUCUAGAAAAAGAAACCCCUAUAUUUAAUAAGCAGAGGAUUGAUUUUACACCACCAGAGAAUAUUAACUGUCUUGUCGUUUGCAAUAACCAGCUUUGUAUGAGCUUGGGUAGAGACACAAUUCUCAGGUAAGAGUUUUGUCUAAAUAUCCUUUUGUAUUUUUAGUGCAUUUGUUUACUUGUAAAUACACUUUGUACACGGUCCAGUGAUUUCUGAAAAGCUUCAUCUGCUGUUCUGUUUUUCACUUACAAGCUAACAUUAUCAUCUUCCGCAUGGAUUCAUACAUACAGUUUGUAGCUGUAGAGAUUAUAAGUGCCCCUUUAAUUGUUUAUGUAAUGUGAAAUCCCCAUGUAUACAGAUUUAAAAACUACUGUAUUGAAAGAUUAUCUCUGCAGUAUGAACUUAUACUUUUCAUCAUGCUAUUUGCAACCAACCAUAUUUUUUUAUGUGUUUGUUUAGAAUUGAUUUGAUAAAGGCGGACCAACCCAAUCAAGUGGACUUGGGCCGUAAAGACGAAUCCAGAGUCCAUAAGCUUUUUUUGGAUCCUACAGGUAAGAUACACUGCAUCACAUCACCUGCACUACCUGUCCUACAUCAUUAAGACAAUGAAGAUUUCAACCGUUUUAAAUCUUUCUUUUCUUUGGCUAUGGUUGGACCUUUACUGAUCAAUUUAUACAAAUGUAUGACCUAGUAAUAGUUAUAGUGCAAUUGGUAAAAUAUUAGAAUUGGAAUGUGUGUGAUUUUUACUUAAUUAUUUUUCCUUCUUCACAACUAAUUAAUAAAUGUAUUACUUGCAUUAAUACACAUUUUAUUAAUGUUUAGCUUUAUGACUGACAUACCUGCAUUUUAUGAUGUUGGAAAGAUUAGUAGGCGUGUGUCCUAAUGAGGGCCUAACUCAGGAGUGCCAAAAAGGUAGAUCCCCAGAUAUUUUAAAACUACAAAUUUCAUGAUGCUUUGUCAUUCUAAAGACAUGCAAAGCAUCGUGGGAGUUGUAGUAAUACAUCUGGGCAUGUACCUUUUGAGCACCCCUGGCCAAAAUCGACAAAAAGACAUGGGAGGCAUAUAAUCAUAACAUGUUUUUGGUUAUAGUGUUAAACCAACCUUCACAAGCACUAAAGACUGUUGUUUUACUAGUGUGUAGGUGCUGUACAUGACUAAAUCCAUUUGUUUUCCUUUUUUUAUAUCCUUUAAUAAUCCUAAAAUAGCACUAUAGCUUACUUUAGUGGUUAUGGUGCCAGGAGUGUCCUGAUGCUCUCACCCAAUGUAUACUAUUACCCACCCCCAAUAGGAUAAUAUUUAAAUAAAGGUGCAUGCUGGCGUGUGGGUUACUAGAGUAUCUUCCCCAGUAGCCUUACCCACAAAUUAACUUCUCUUAUCUUAUAAGAUCUGUUGAUUAUCAGCACAAAAAUGUUGCCCUGGUAUAUGGUGGGGCUAAUGCCCACAGCUCCUUCAACUUGACUCCACUCUAAAUAGGGACUUCAAUGAGACAGAUAUACGGCAGUCAUAUUUAUUAAAAUUAAACAUUAAAAUAAUUGGCCCUGUAUAAAUAGCACCAUUUCUGUCUUCCCAUUAGGCUCUCACCCAAUGAGCUGGCUCUGCACAACAGGGUGUAGUUCAGUGGCGUUAAGCAAGUUCCUUGCAGUAGUUUCCAGGUCCACAGGGUAGACACCUGGAAAACCCCAGAUAAGUUGUCAAAAUGUUCAUUUUUACUAAAUUACCCUAGGAUGGUGCCUGGCACCAUUAUAGUUGUUAUGGUGCCUGGAGUGUUGCUUUAAGAGCACAGUUAGAUGACUACAUUAUUAAAGUCUCACAGUGGAAAUAGGUAGCAGGUGCCUUCACAGAAAUAACUUGUACUAUUGAUUGUAUGCUACCUUGUAAGGGAUAUAAAGUGGCACACGUAUUCCUGUGUUUAUUAAAAGCGUGGUGAGCGGUUAUGGAAUCAAAGAUAAUGUUAAUUUCACACUCAUUCUAGACAUGUGUGCUUUAAAAAUUUAUUUGCCUGCUUUAAUCUCACAAUAUCAAAUGACACACAUGUGGUCUUAACCGGUGCCAAGAGAUAUGAAAUAUUUGAGCAGCUUUCCUAGACUUAAAGGAUCACUAUAGGGUUAGGAAUAAAAACAUGUAUUCCUGACCCUAUAGUGUUUGACCCACCAUAUGGUAGGUAAAAGAUCUCGACUAGUAAAGGAAAGCCCCCAUAAAAGCUCAGAGAAAUAGAGAAGUAGUUGUAGGUCCAAAGACUUACAUAUACUAGGAGAUCUAUUACCAAGUCCUAAAAUCGUAUAUUCAAAUAGUAGGUGUAAAUACACUAGAGGUGGGCAUUAAAAAAAAAAAAAAAAAAGGUAGUUUAAAACCGAUUAACUCUUAAAUUGAACUCUGGAACAGAAAUAAUAUUGUACACAGAGGAAUGGAUAAAAAUCAGAUCAGUUAAAAUGGAUAAAUACAAUACACUCCAAAAAAAUAGACUCUAAAAAAAUAAAAAUAAUAAAAUUACAGAAAACAUAGAAGCAUAUAACAUAGUUUUUUUAUGCUUCUAUGUUUUCGGUAACUUAUUUUUUUUUUGGGGAGUGUAUUGUAUUUAUGCAUUUUAACUGAUCUUAUAUUUAUCCAUUCCUCUGUGUACAAUAUUAUUUCUGUUCCAGAGUUCAAUUUAAGAGUUAAUUCUAUAAGCUAAUCUAUGUUCGGGAAAGUUUCCCCGAACAUAGAUUUGCAGGAUUCCAUGCCCUAGUGAACUGGUCUAUGUUUGGGGGAAUUCCCCCAAACAUAGACCUGCUUUCAAGCACACGUUUUUACUUGAAAUAAGAACUCUCCCAAAAAUAAGCUCUAGUACUUUUAUUUUUUUAUUUUUUUUUUUUUGAGGGGGGGAAAGGGGGAUUAAUAUAAAACACGGUCUUAUUUUCGGCGAAAGACGGGAUGGGUUUACUACAGGCAAUGUGUGUUUGUCUGAGAGUUAAAGAAAUGUGAUACAAAUAUACUCAAGUCUAUUUAAUCUGUCUCUUCCAGGAUCUCACCUCCUGAUUGCCCUCAGUACUAAUGAAUGCCUGUAUCUGAAUCGUAAUGCUCAAAAAGUGAGAACUCUUUCCAAAUGGAGGGGCCACUUGAUUGAAUGUAUCGGAUGGAACAGAUUUUUGGGAACGGAAACCAGCACUGGUCCCAUUCUAGUAGGAACUAAUCAAGGUCACAUAUAUGAAGCUGAUAUAGCAGCCAGUGAAGGUGGCCUUUUCGGUACAAAUCCUGACCAGUAUUUUCGACAUGUUCACACUCUUGAGGAAGAGACAGGCCCUGCCCCAGUUUCCUGUUUGGAUAUUGAUCGUGGCUAUGAAAAUCGGUACUGUGUUAUUGCAACCACUCCGAAAAGACUCUUCCAGUUUGUUCACAAAAUACCAGAGGGAACAGAGCAACAAGGGUUUGCCAUUCUGUUCAGUCAACCGGCCGACAGCCUUCCCAGCAUCCAGGAGUUUCCAGGAAACCUUGGUUAUAGUGAUCUUGCUUUCUACCAUCAGAAACUUCGCAAGUUCCCCAAUUCAUUUGCAUGGAUGAUGGGAAAUGGAGUUCUUUAUGGCAGCUUAGAGUUCUCUAGACCAGAAUCAGUGUUGAUCGAUGUACAAGUUUGGGAAUACUCCUCCAGCAGUGAGAAGCCAAUAUCUAUUGUUCUCUCUCAGUUCCACUUCCUGCUUCUUUUGCCUGAUCGGGUUAAAGCGGUUUGUAUACUGAACGGGCAGGUAGUCUUUGAAGACAUUUUUACUGAGAAAUUUGGUCCACUAAAAAGGAUGGUGAAAGACCCUGUUUUAGGGCAGAUCUGGGUUUAUACAGAGAGGGCAGUGUUUCGCUAUAACGUGAAACGAGAGUCAAGAGAUGUUUGGAAAAUGUACAUGAACAUGGAUAAAUUUCAGUUGGCCAAGGAGUUUUGCAAUGAUCGUCCUGAGUGCAUGGAUAUGGUACUAGCUAAGGAGGCAGAGUAUUGCUUUCAGAAUAAAAGAUACAAGGAAAGUGCCAAAUGUUAUGCACUUACUCAGAACUACUUUGAAGAAAUAGCCCUCAAAUUUAUUGAAGCCAAGCAAGAAACUGCACUGAUGGAGUUCCUACUAAAAAAACUCUUUAAUUUAAAGCCUUCAGAGAAGAUACAAGCAACUCUUUUGACCACAUGGUUAACAGAGCUAUACCUGAAUCAUCUUGGAAUCCUGGCAAGUGACCAAUCUGAAAAAGCCACUUAUUUAAAGGUGCGUGACGAGUUCCGGGCUUUUCUCAGCACCCAAAAAAACAAAGACAGCCUCAUAAAUAAUCGUGCCUCUAUAUAUGAACUUUUAGCCAGUCAUGGAGACACAGAGCACAUGGUGUACUUUGCCGUGUUAAUGCAAGACUAUGAAAGAGUAGUAUCACAUCACUGUCAGCAUGAUGACUAUGAGGAAGCACUUAAAGUUCUAUCAAAGCACAAAGAUGAGAAACUUUUUUACAAGUUCUCUCCAGUUCUCAUGCAGCAUAUUCCACAAUCCGUUGUAGACUCUUGGAUUGCAAUGGGUAAAAAACUGGACCCAAAAAAUCUCAUUCCAGCUCUUGUUAAUUACAGCCAGAGUGCUGGAACCCAGAUCAAUGAAGCCAUAAGAUACAUGGAGUUCUGUGUGGACGAACUCAAGGAAACAGAGCAGGCCAUUCAUAAUUACCUACUAUCUCUCUAUGCUCAAUUCAGACCUGAUUCCCUUCUUUCCUACUUAGAAAGAGCUGGAACCAACCCUAAUCGAAUUCACUAUGACCUGAAGUAUGCUUUGCGGCUAUGUGCAGAACAUGAGCACCAUCAUGCAUGUGUACAUGUUUACAAAGUUAUGGAACUUUAUGAAGAAGCUGUGGAUCUGGCAUUAAAGGUAAUGUCCAACCUUUGAGUUGGUAUUCCACCCCUUAUACACCUUGCCUACUCAUACAUUCAGGGCCUUAAUUUAUAUCUCAAAAGCUAAAGACUUACACUACUAGAGAGGGCCAACAGUUACUCACACUCAGCUGUGGUGAAUUUCUAUUUGCAAGGGCACAAUUUUCUCUCGCAAGUGGACAUCUUGAGCACUGAUGAGUUCAUGUUCAGCCUAUGGUAGCUGGUUAGUUAUAGACCACACUUGGCAAUGUGGUUAGUUAAGCAUCUUGCUAGUCCUAAUCUAAAUCUGUUAGAGUGCCUGUUUGCCAAUUCCUACAUAUUAAAUGAACAGUCCAAGCACCAUAACCACUAUAGUGGUUAUGCUGCCAAGAAUGCCCUAGUGCAGGCAUCAGCAACCUUUGGCACUCCAGAUGUUUUGGACUACACCUCCCAUGAUGCUUUGUCAGCAUUAUGGGGGAUGCAGUCCACAACAUCUGGAGUGCAGAAGGUUGCCUAUCACUGUCCUAGUGCAAAUGUUUUUAGAAGAGUUUGACUUCUUUCAUGGGGUCCAUGGGACUGAGAGCUAAAAGCCCUAUGUCUGACCUUCAUUCUGAAUUGCUUUGGAGAGCUGAUGGAAGCUACUAUGCUUCUCUGGCUGAUGAGGUGGAGAUAGGGAGAGGCACCUGACAUAAACCAAAUUCAAGCUGCCAAUAAAAUGUUUGACUAUUUGCAAAGAGAGGUCCAGAACACUGGCAUCAUAACUACAACAGUGUGCUGUUGUGGUCAUGGUGCUUAGUAUUCCUUAAAGGACCACUAUAGGCACCCAGACCACUUCAGUUCAAUGAAGUGGUCUGGAUGCCAGGUACCCCUAGUUUUAACCCUGCAGCUGAAAGCAUAGCGGUUUCAGAGAAACUAUGUUUACACUGAGGGUUAAUCCAGCCUCUAGUGGCUGUCUCACUGAAAAUCACAGUGAGAAGACCCUGGACGUCCAUAGGAAAGCAUUGAGUAAUGCUUUCCUAUGGGCGGUUUGAAUGCGUGCGCGGCGCUGACGUCGGCAGGAGGCGGAGAGGUCACCAGCACCGAGGGAGCCCGGCGCUGGAGAAAGGUAAGUGGCUGAAGGGUGGGGGGGACCUAAUUACCCUGUAGUCCCAGGAAAAAGAGUUUGUAUUCCUGGCACAGUAGUGGUCCUUUAAGUCAUACCACAGUGAUACUGUUCUCUACAAAAAAUAAAAGCAGAAUUAUGGAAGUGAAAUCUAUGGUAAUGUAGCUCUGUCAAAGUCUGUCAAAAACAAAGAUUAUGUCCAUCCACAUUCUCCCUCGCCAUUAUUAAAUAUGUUGUUAAUAAUGACCAUUGUGUGUCUUUUCCCCAUGUUCAUUUAUUGUGGGUGAAUUUAUUUAGGCAACUUAUACCACUAAUAAACAUUUUAAAAACAUUUUUGUUUUGACAUAUAAUGAAUGGUUGACAUGCAGAUCUGAGCUGAAUUCUCACUGGCACUCUCUUAGCACUGUAACCAGGACAGCUCAUUGCACUGUUUAUGGUCCAGUGAGUCUACAGGCAGGGUUAGUCCAGUCCCGAUAUCCAGGUUGGUUUCAUGUAAAGCCAGAGAACACCCAAAGACUUGUAGUGCUAGAACCAUGACACGGAACUGCAAUAGGUAUGUGUUACGGUAUUUACCUGGUCCUCCUGCUGGCAGGGGUCCUCUGAUCGAGCCACACACGGUUCAAGCAUUCCUGCCUUCAGGCAAGCCACGUGCGUCUUGGAAGUGGGGGCCUAACCUUGCGGUCGGCUCCCAUUGACCCACGUCAUUCCGACACUCCCAUUCACGCACGUUUUGGGGUGCAGCCAUGACAUGGACCAAUCAAAUAAAAAAUAAAGGUAUUUGAACUUACCUGGCCCUAGAAUCUGUGCCCUAUUGUGGUUUCUGUUCCCAGUAGUACCCUUUAGUGCGUUCCUUGUAAUUAGUAUUGUAUUCUGGUAUUGACCUUGGCUUUGUUUCCUGACUCUGAGUUUCUCUUUUACCCUUGCCUGUCUUGUUUCUUCUUCUGAUUAUUACUUUGUACCUGACUUUGGCUAGUUCUCGUUUUCACUGUCACUCCGUUACCUUGACCUUGGCUCGUACUUCGACUACGCCUUUCUCUGUCUAACAUUAAGUCCGGCCACUCUAAGGCCCGGUAAGACGUUUAUAUUUCAUUUGUUUGUUCCUUGCUAUCCUAAACUCUGCGUGUUUGGGUUAAUACUCCGUGACAGUAUGGUGGUUUGAGUGCCCCUUUAAUAGUGUAUUUUGUCAAUAGGUUGUCGUCUUUAUAUAAAUAUUUUAUCAGAAUUCUCAAAAUGCGGAUUGGCUAAAGCUAUUAUUUAAGAUGUAAUAUAAGAAAUCUGAAUUUUUAUUACAUUUUUAAAAAUUCCACUAGAGACCAUAGUAGUUAUGGUGCUAGUAGGUUAUUGGUGCCAUUCUUUAAUUCUGGGUCAAAAUGUUUUCUAACAGUUUGAUGCAAACUGAGGGUCCCUUAAGCAGACCCCUGCUCCCUAAAUUGCUUUAUUUCUAAUGUGGAAAUCACACUUUCAAAGUGGACCAAACUGACAUUAGAAAGUGUGACUUCUAGAUUAGAAAUAAAGAUAGUAGAACAUGUAGGGAAGGUCUGUUUAAGUCAAACUGUUUGAAAACCUUUUUACUCCGAGUCAGAAGACUGUUUUAAAAGCCAGCCAACUUUUGACACAGAACUAGGAGACAGUGCCAGUAGCUAGUAGUAAUGGUGCUCUGGGUUUUGUUAUAUUUUGCAAGUGUGUGUGUGUUCCAAUUGUGUUUUAAUGCAAUGAUUAAUUUUAUGAUUUUAUUUUCUCAUUGCAAACUACUUAGGUGAAUGUGGAUCUGGCAAAGUCCUGUGCAGAUUUACCAGGAGAUGAUGAGGAGCUAAAGAAGAAACUUUGGCUGAAAAUUGCUCGUCAUGUGGUGCAGGAAGAAAAAGAUGUGAAAAAAGCCAUGGUCUGCCUGUCUAGCUGUAAUCUUCUUAAAAUUGAGGACAUACUGCCCUUUUUCCCUGACUUUGUGACCAUUGACCAUUUCAAAGAAGCCAUCUGCAGCUCGCUUGAAGACUAUAAUCAGCACAUUGAGGAGUUGAAGAGGGAGAUGGAAGAUGCUACUCUUAGUGCCAAGCGUAUCCGGGAAGAUAUGCAGGAGAUGAGAAACAAGUAUGGAUCAGUGGAUCCACAAGACAAAUGCACAGUAUGUGACUUUCCAUUACUGAAUCGGCCCUUCUACCUGUUCCUCUGUGGACACAUGUUCCACUAUGACUGUCUUAUGCAGGUUGUUGUGCCCAACCUACCAACUUACAAACAAAUUAAGCUGGAAGACCUUCAAAAAAAGCUUGGAGCUGCAGCUCAGCCAUCAAAAAGUCGCUCCCACACAAAAGAUGAUGAUAAUGUAAGCCUAGGCAAGAGUUCACAAUCUCGUGAGCAAAUUAAGGCAGACAUUGAUGACAUUGUGGCAGCUGAAUGUGCCUACUGUGGUGACCUCAUGAUUCGGUCUAUUGACAAACCUUUCAUAGACCCACAAAAAUAUAAGGAAGAAAUGUUAAGCUGGAUGUAGGGAUGAAAUAUUCCACCGCUGGCUAAACUUUUUAAAAUGAUAGAUCGUGAUGGAACACAAACACCUGCUAUAUGAAAAGUAAUGAAUGUGGAUUUGUGAAAUAUACUUAAAGAGCAGUAUCACAUCUGUAAAGUUUCUCAAAAAAAAACCAAUCCAUGUAGUGAUUUCACUUAUUGGUGGUUAUGUUUUCUGAAUAUGAUCUAGCACGGGUGCCAGGAGUAUAAUGUUUGUUUUUUGUUUUCUUCUGUUUAAAAGUUUAGAUGGAUUCAUUUUACAGCCUUGUUACAAAUUACACAAGCCCUGGUAAAAAAAAAUGGUCAGCAUGGCACUUACUCUAAUGCAAAUGUUUUUGUUUUUUUUUGUUUGUUUUUGUUUAAAGGAGCAAACAACUGUGUAUGUAAGAUGUUGCAUGUGUUGUGUUCCAGCUGUGAAAAACUUAUUUCAAACUAUUUUUGGCAAAGGAGUUUACAAGGUAAUGUGGUGGCAAAAUAAUUAGGAGAUAUUUUUUUUCUUUUCUUUUUAAAUGAAAAUACUUUUCAGAUACGUAUUCUUAAGGGAGAUGUCCUAAGGCUGUUAGUGAAGACUAAAUGUUAUUUGCCGCCACACAUUAGCUCGUGCAGCAGUUUGUGUUUUACAAAAUUGUUUGUUGCUUGCUUUAUCAAUGUUAUUCAAUGGAGGGCUUACUUUUGGUCAGUGGGUGAGUGAAUCCAUAGAGUGCAGCGUUUGUGUGAAUGUAGGGUUCUGUUUGUGGUCCCUUUACCGUUUUCUUCUCAUUAGUUAUUUUUCUAUUCUUUGAUGUCUGCACCAGUUCCGCACUAUAGUAUUUCUCCUGUUUCUCCCUCCCUUCCUCUUUAUUACUUUUAUCACAAUAUCAUUUUUCUUAACACAAUGUGACUUACUUCAAACACCAUGACCACUUCAGUGAGUGGAAGUGGUUAUAGAGCCUAGAAUCUGUAUGUUCAGCGUUUCUCUUUAAAAACAACUCUCAGCCAAGGAAGAGGUAGCAUAAGUCUGCAUGAGAGGAGAUCUUGUGCUUGGUAGGACCACAUUGUAAUACGGUUUCCCCCUUUACCAGGGAGCGUUGCUAGGGUAUUCUAACCACUGCAGUGAUGGUUGGAGGAACUCUUCAAAUCCAUUAUUGGUGUAGAUGGCUCAAGUUACACAUUGGGUUAAAUGGGUUCUCUUUACAGUACCAGGAUCAUCAUUUUUUUUUUUCUCCAAUGCAUUUUAAAGAUAAUGCAUUAAAAAUAUGCAUAAAAAAUCUGAACCCAAAUAAUAGUUAUGUGUAAAACACAAAAUCUUACAUAACUGACCUCCAGGCCAUAGCUUGGCUACUCAAGAACCUCAGAUUUUAGUCUAUAGAAUCCAAACCGUUGAUCAUGUUUAAUGAAGCCAAACAAGGUGUAACAUACGUGAGGAAGGGUAGCAGUAGCACAUUUUUAUUUAUUUUUUUUAUUUUUUUUAACUACUACAUAAGAAAGCUGUUAUUUGAACUACACGUCCCAGCAACCUUUGUGCUCCAAGACAUACAACUGUGUUAUUGGAGACUACAGGUUAGGAGGGAGGGGCACAAAGGGAGAUUUUGACAUACAGUACCAUACCAACAAACAGAAGGAACUGAGGAUGCUGGGUAAAUAUGCAGCAUUCUACAAAACAUUUUUGUAUUUAGUUUGCAAACACUAUACAAAAAUGGGAAUGUAAACGGUGUAGGCAAUAAAGGCUAACAGUUGUGAAGUUUUCCUUUUAAGGGAAGGUGUAAAGCACUAGAGAAAAGUAUUUUAAUCUUUUACUAAGAUUAUAACACUUUUUUUUUUUUUUUUAACUUAUUCAGGAUCUUUGUCUGUUCUAUAUAUGUAUGGGAGAGUUUCACUACAACUUUAAAAAUGGGGAUAAGAAAUACUUUUGCAAUCACCGUGCAUUUUUUGGAAACUAAUGAAGUAAUGUAAAAUAAACUGUAAUGCCGUAAUUCUUUAUUGAACUAAAUUGGAUCUUUGAAUAUUCUCUUGUAGGCAUUGUUUUAGGUGUUUGUAGAAACAAAAACAAAAAAUAUGUAUUAAGGUGAUUGAUUGCAAGAAACCUAGAAACUGUGUGUUAAAGGGGUCUAAAUGAGUAAGAUGCCAUAGUAAAGAACUCUGGUCCUGUGGUAAGAGCUGAGCCUCCUCCGCUGCACAGAGUGAUGUAUGAGACCUCUGUACUCAAACAUUCUUAUAUUCCAAAGAGGAGCAUUGCACAUUAUCAGGUUGUAUCUACUGGUUUGUUCUCCAUGUCAGCCCUACAACGUGUCACAGUUCAACCCAAAGGUUUUAUUGAUUAAGAAAAUUUGAAAGGAGACUAAAGGAUACCAAUGUGAACAAAUUUCCUUGACUAGGCAAAUAUGUUUGCAGUGGAUGGAUUAUAAACAGAGCUACUAUUGGGAAAUUGGUCCUCCUCACUUGCCUGGGAUAUAUAAUUGUACCCCUUAAUACUCUUUCAUGCUGCUGUGGUCAUUUAUGGAGUAUCACUGGUACACCCCCCUCCCCCCCCUGUACAGCUUUAAAGAGUACAAGCAUCAUAACUUCUAUAGUUUAGGGUAGUGGUUAUAAUGACUGUACUACCUGGGCCCUGUUCUCCCCAUCUUACCUGGUUUCCUUUUAAGGCUGGGUAGGAUGUGCAUCUGGCUUCUGCAGAGCCAGAUACCAAUCCUGACUGUCAUUCUUUGUCUGAGAGCAUCUGAUGACCACUUUCAGCCAAUGAUUGCAUUUACCUGCAUAGAUAUAUUUACAGAAAUGACAUUAGUCCAGUGAUGACACCCCAGUGAUGCUGUCAGAGUUUGAGUAAUCUCCAUAUCUGUGUUUUAUAGUGAAACCUUGCACAUACAGGCACCAUUACCACUUCAAUUCACAGAAAUGUUCAGGGUGCUUAGAGUAACCCUUUAAACAGGCUGCUGCUGCUCUGACGACUCAAAUUAGAUUUGAUCUAUUCACCUUAAUAUUAUGUUAUUUAUAUAGCGCCAACAAAUUCCGCAGCGCUUUACAGUGGGUGGACGAACAAACAUGUAGUUGUAACCAGACAAGUUGGACACACAGGAACAGAGGGUUUGAAGGCCCUGCUCAAUGAGCUUACAUGCUAGAGGGAGUGGGGUAAAGUGACACAAAAGGUAAGGAUAGUAUUAGACUUAUGACAGUUGCAAGAGAGGAAUCAGUCGGGAGCUAUUAACAGUUUAAUUGAUACGCUUUUAUGAAGAAUGCAGACUACUUGACAUAAGAAGUAACCAUUAGCAUGGCCACAAAACAGCGCAUACAAUAGGGAAAAUAGCUGGAGCAAAAUGGCCUUCCCUUUAUCCUGGGUGAUGCAUGGACAUUUUUCAAUACUUGCUGUGAGACUAGCCUAGCAGAGUUGCGUUUUAAAUAUGUAUUUACAAUUUAAAAAAAAUCCACUUAAGUUCUUUAAUUUAAAGGAACACUAAGCUCCAGCACCACAAGAGCGUAAUCUAGUGGUUUUGGUGUAAAGAGCCUGUCUCUGAUUUGUAAACUCUGUUUCCUCUGUAAAAACUCAGUGUUUAUAUUUCUUCUUAAGGACACCUAUAGUGGCCGUCAGCCAGCCAGCCAGCCACUAGAGGAGCUUCAUCACUGUCCUAUCCAUGUAGGAUCGACAUUCAGCAUCUUAACGCUCUGCAUGAAGAUGCCAACCUCUCCCCUAAAGCUGCAUUGGCAUGAUGCAUCUCGUAAAGGAGAUGCAGAAUGGGCUCACAAUGCUUCUCAAUGAAGAAGCAUUGGCUUGAAUGAGAUCAUGCAUGGGAUAAAAAAAAGACGUAAAGCCACUUUGUUACUCUUACUUUGCAGUACAAUGUUUUGUGCAUCCAAGACAUACUUGCAAACGAGAGAAAUCUCAAUGUAUCCAUCCUGGUAAAAUAUUUGAUAAAUACAUUUCUAACAAUAGCUUCCCUUUAAGAGGAGCAGUCUGAUGUAUUGUUGGCUACUUUUAUAAGGCACUGUUUGUAUGUUAAACAAAGCAGAUUAUUUCUGAGCGGACUAUAAAUUAAAUAAAACUAUUUACA